UUCUUCAACACCAACAGCUAGUCAGACACCUCGGUACUUUGCUAGCCAAAAUAGCCGAAACAUUGAAGUUCUUUGGAUUUUGUCGGUGUAUAGCCACUGUGUAAUCAACACAAUUAUAUCGUAUCUACUUUUCAUUUCAUAUUUAAGUUGUUGUUAGUGAGCUAACUUAGUUGGCUUGAUAAAUUAGCCCAGCACUACGCUAAUGCUAGCUAACGUUAGCUAUUAUCCCCGACCAUGAGCUCACUAAACUUCUCCCCUCCUGCUAAAGAAGAGGGGGUCUGCUGGACGAAGAAAGAAGCUCUGGGGUUGAACAUUGUCGUGAAAGAGGAGAAGGAAGAGGAGGAUGUCACAGUAAAAAAAGAAGUAGAGAGUGAGGCAGUUACAGUGAAAGAAGAAGAUAAAGACGUUUCAGUGAAAGAAGAGAAAGACGUUUCAGUGAAAGAAGAGGAAGACGAGUUCAGAGUGAAAGAGGAGGAGGAUGUUACAGUAAAAGAAGAGGGGAAAGAGGAGGAUGCAGUUUUUGAAGUGAAAGAGGAAGGAGAGGAGGAGACAGAAGGAGAGAGAUGUGACUAUCGUGGAUCCUCUGGGGAGCCUCAAGAAGCUGACGAGGCAGAGAAAAGUCUCUCCAGAUCAGAACUCCUCAAGAAACACCAGCAGAGACCCACAGGAAAGAAGUCUCACUGCUGCUCUGACUGUGGGAAACGUUUCAAAUCUUCAUCAGAACUUAAAAAACACCAGCGAGUACACACAGGAGAGAAGCCUUAUAGCUGUAAUCAAUGUGGGAAGAGUUUUACUCAUUCAAGUAAUCUGAAAACACACCAGAGAACACACACAAGAGAUAAGCCUUACAGCUGUGAACAGUGUGGCAAGAGUUUUACUCAGGCAAGCAACCUGGUAUCACACCAGAGAACACACACAGGAGAGCAGCCAUAUAGCUGUGAUCAGUGUGGCAAGAGUUUUACUCAGUCAAGCAACCUGGUAUCACACCAGAGAAUACACACAGGAGAGCAGCCAUAUAGCUGUGAGCAAUGUGGGAAAAACUUUUCUCGGGGAGAACGCCUUAAAGAGCACCAGAGAACACACACAGGAGAGAAGCCUUAUAGCUGUGAUCAGUGUGGCAAGAGUUUUACUCAGUCACGCAACCUGCUAUCACACCAGAGAACACACACAGGAGAGCAGCCAUAUAGCUGUGAGCAAUGUGGCAAGAGUUUUACUCAGUCAAGCAACCUGGUAUCACACCAGAGAACACACACAGGAGAGCAGCCAUAUAGCUGUGAGCAAUGUGGGAAAAGCUUUUCUCGGAUAGAACACCUUAAAGGACACCAGAGAACACACACAGGAGAGAAACCUUAUAGCUGUAAUCAGUGUGGGAAGAGUUUUACUCAGUCAAACAGCCUGAAUAGACACCAGAGAACACACACAGGAAAGAAACCUCACUGCUGCUCUGACUGUGGGAAACGUUUCAAAUCUUCAUCAGAAUUGAAAAAACACCAGCGAUUACACACAGGAGAGAAGCCUUAUAGCUGUAAUCAAUGUGGGAAGAGUUUUACUCAGUCAAGCCACCUUGUAUCACACAAGAGAACACACACAGGAGAGAAGCCUUAUAGCUGUGAUCAGUGUGGCAAGAGUUUUACUCAGUCAAGUAGCCUGGUAUCACACCAGAGAACACACACAGGAGAGCAGCCAUAUAGCUGUGAUCAGUGUGGCAAGGGUUUUACUCUGUCAACCAACCUGGUAUCGCACCAGAGAACACACACAGGACAUCAGCCAUAUAGCUGUGAUGUAUGUGCGGAUAGUUUUACUACAUCAAGCCAGCUGGUAGUACACCAGCGAGUACACACAGGAGAGAAACCAUAUAGCUGUAAUCAGUGUGGGAAGAGUUUUACUCAGUCAAACAGCCUGAAAUCACACCAGAGAACACACACAGGAGAGAAGCCUUAUAGCUGUGAUCAAUGUGACAAGAGAUACUCUCAUUCAAGUGGUCUGAUUAAACAUCAGAAAAUGCAUGCAGGAGAUCCACGGAGUGUGGAAUGAUCUCCAACACCAGACCUGGGUAGUAGAACAUGUUGGAGAUUAUCCAGUCAUCUGAUGAUUCUCAGUACCUAUACUGUUCUCUUUGAAGUAGAAAGAAUAAUCAAUAUAAGUUUAAAUAUUAGACAUGUGUAAGCAGAAUGAAGGCUGAAGCUCAUGUGAGUGUAGAAAGCUGGAUCAACUUAGAAUUGACCAUUGGACAUGUAAAAAACAGAACAUAAACAUAAUCUGUGUAGAUGAGGCAAGGUAAACCAACAAGACGUGUCUGGUCUGGUCUGGGCCAUGUCUGAUCUUGUGAAGGCUACUGGACACACACAUGGGUUAAUCAUACAUAGACAACAUCGGCCUGAACUUGUGAAGACCUUUGGACAGGAACAUUAGCUAAUCAGUGAUAGGCAACAGUAGGAGUAUGCAUGUCACGCCACCAAUAGAAUCUAUGCCCCAAUGUCUGAGCCAAUAAGAGAAUGGAAACUAAGUAAGACAAGAUUCAUAAAGUGGAGUGACGUUAUGUAAGGGUAAGACUGUAUAAAAACCAAGCACUAAGAAUGAAGAGUCAUUUGUUCCAUGGAAUUGCUCGGCUUCUGUUGCUUUUGUAAUAAAGUCUAAUUGAAUUUACAA